GUGGUUUGGUUCUAUCGUUCAUCUUACAUGUAUGGAUGGAUAUACGCUGAAAGGCAAUGGGAUCAUUCAAUGUGUGCCAGGAGGAUCGCAAUUCUAUCUGAUAUGGAACGAUUCCAUUCCAACAUGUGAGGAGAUUACAGGUAAUAAUGAAUCGACCAUCGUUUCUGAUGUCAUCACGGAGCAGUUUGGAGAUUUGGAAUUGACGUCAUCAGAAGAUAAGGAUAUGACAUCCACAUCAAAAGUCGCUACACAGGAGUGCGUGCCACCGACAACGUCCACCCUCGUUUUCAUGGGGACUACAGGUGGCUUGGCCAUUCUUCUUCUUAUCAUAGCAAUAUCCUGGGUAGUCUAUCGGAUCCGAGGUCACAUGUCUAAUAAAGAGGUUCAUGGAACGCAGGUGACACACACUUACCUCGACAUGUCUCGAUCGCCGUCCCAUAAGGUUGACAGACUGAACCAAGGGAUGUCACUAAAAUCCACUCUAUCCAGACCACUUCCGGGACCUCAGCCAGGAGCUGAGGAUUAUGAAGAAACUACAAAUGUACAAAACACUGGGGUAUUUUACGAAAGCAUUCCAGAGAACAAACUCGGUGGGCAGUACGAAAACGCUCCAGAGCCCGGAUCAAUACGCGAUGUUGAAUGUGACUACGAGAGCGCCACCGAUACUGUUCUUUCAGAUAAUCUUCAAGGAAGUGUAGCGCUUGCGGAUGAUAGGGGCAAUGCGGAAUCCGUGGACCAGGAUGAAUUAGGUUAUGUUCUUCCAAACGCUCGAUCGAGUGCGCGGGUGCAAAGUAACGUGUUACCAAGUAAGAUGAAAUCGACAGGUCUGUUCAUGGUCUUUGAUGAAGAUGGUUAUCUCAACCCACACUCGUGAACAUUGUAUUGAUUAUAAUAGCCUCAUGCAAACUGGACCACAUUCAACCAUCGUGAUAACCUACUCGAUACAUGUGUGACCGAAUAUGGUCAUGGGUGGUUAUGAUGGGUUAUUAAUAGAAACAGAAAUGAAAAUGCUGUAAAAAGUGACUUUCGAGACGGAAUAUUUUCACUAUAACUGAAAGGUGCACGUAGCUGGCACAUGCAACUUACUAUUAAAUAUAUUCUGAGGAGCAUUUCAUCAACAUUUGUAAUCUUAAAAGUUGUCAGAAAUGUCUGACAACUUGUUAACGUUGCUGUUAUUUAACGUUAAUCUUUCAGCCAAUAUUAAUUGGCUGGAAGUACUGUAUAUAAUGGUACUGCCGGAUAAAAGGGCUCAUCGGGUCAUAAGGUAUUGAUGAAAGGGGUUGUAUUUUUGGCGAGAUUAUGUCUUUUUAAAGACAAUUUUUCAAAUCAAAUUAAUGAAUGAAUACAUUGAAAAAAAAACAUCUCAAGAUGGGAAUUUUGACAUUCAUUUGGUCCAUGAAUGUUUACAAAAGGAAUGAAGUUUACAAACGAGAUAAACUAUGCAAAUCAAUUACAUGUCAGCAGUAAUAUUAUCGACUUAAUUUCAACACAAUGUUAAGGUUAUAUAACAGUAAAAAUGGAUCAUCAUCAUCAUCAUUGUGGAGUAACAUGUAAAAGGGUUAUCUAAAUAUCAACAUCGAAUGAAGAGUUAAUAAACGAUGUUACUGUCUUAAAUGUUGAAAAAAAAAUAGGUCAUAGCUAGGCGAUACUGUGUUCUGUCGAAAUUUCGGCAAUAUGAGAGGAAAACGUCGGGAAGACGCCUAUGGUAACUUUAUAUUUCUUUUUCUCGUCGCUAAUGUUAUCCAAGUUCUUCUUGGAAGAACUUUAUUUCAGUAGUAUAAGACCUGUAUUGCGAAUCUUUAAAUAGAAAUAGGCAGCCAUUUUGUGAAAGCCUUAUCAGGUCAUCUGUUUCCUUUCGUAAUGUAAACGAAUAAAACGUCGAAAAUCUAAUUUCAAUAAUUGUUUGAUGUUUAUAUUACAAAUAUCAAGUGAUAUGUAACUUUUCUUUCACUUAAUGUUAUAGUGUCAUAAUUAUAUAUCAUUUUAUUGUCCAUUUGAGAAGGCAAAUUGAAAAAUAAGGAAAGAAUCUUGAUGCUAAAUUCUUUUUAAUAUUUCACAACUGUGUUGUGAGUCUUAAUACAAACUACAUUUACCCGAUUUUCUUCUUCGAAUUAAAGCAAAAUUCUUUUUGUUUAGUUCAAAGAUAUCUUCAUUCUAAUUGAAUUUCGGAUGCUGGAGAAAAUGUGAUGUAUGUAGAUGUGUAGUUUAGGCCUACUGUAACCAGAGACUUGCAAGGAGACAGAACACAUGCAUAAUGCGUAUAUCAUUUACGUUUAUUGAGAUCUGUAUUACAUUUCAGGAACAUAAUAUUUAAACAAAAUUUGAUGUGAUGAUUUUUUUGUGCGGCCACUCCAAUAAAGAUAUCAUGCACCUGCAACAAUAAAGGAACAAGCACUUCAUACUAUUCUGUAAAAAUGUAUCGGUAGCUGCCUACAUGGCUUGUAUUUAACCUAAAAAAAUUAUCAAUGUAAACAUGGAAUACCACAUAAAUGUAAUGUAUAUGAUACUAUGGUACCAUUAUGAAGACGACAUUGUCAUUUCAAUUGCAUAUUAUUCAUCUUUUAUACAUUGAAAUUAACAUACUUGUGAGCUACAAUACAUUGUAUAAUGGAUUUCAUAAUGGCACUAUUCAACCUGAAUAUAAAAUAUGAUCAAUGAUAUUAGUAACAUUAAUAUUUUCAAGCGCAAACUUUAAAAGAUGCUAAUUUGUCAAUACUCCACACCAACAAAUCUAGCUAACAUAUAACUGUAACUACAUUUGUCAAAUAUUGUAUAUUCUAAAUAAUGUAACUACAGUGUUAAUAACCUGUGUACUUGCCAUGUUCCUCUUUUCAUUUUCAGUUUCCCCUCUUAUAAUUUCUCCCUAAAAUUUAUCAUUAUUAUCGUUAUCAGUAAAAUAAUUAUUUUCAUGUUUUGUUGUCGCUUAUUCGCUCUAUUUUGGUAUUUUGUAGAUUACGUAUUUUAAGUUCGUUUUCCGUCCGUCUCUUGUACAUAGGUUAUGUUAAUUAGUAUUGGAACUAAGUUCAGGGACUUGCCUUUUUUACAAGCUCUGCUUUUCUUGGCAAGUCAGUUAAUUCAACUUUAAUAUUUGUUAUGAAAUGUCAUUGAACUGUAUGUAUUAUUUUGAACAUGUAUUUGCACUGUUACUUCGAUUAUAUCAUUUUUUAAUCUAAAUCUAACAUACAUGUAUUUCGUCGUAAACUACAUCACAUAAACAUUUGGUAAUAAUUUCGAAUGAGUAGUUAUUCACCAUUCAAAUAAAAUAUAAAGAUAUGCAUUGUGCUGUCUAAAGGUCGUUCGAAUUAUUUGAUACUUAUUAUUUUGAUUGGACAAAAAACAUUCAACACAAUGAAUGUCUUUAGAGACC